ACGGGCUCGCGUCACGAUCGCGCCAUGACUCUGGAGGAGCUGGUGCCUUGCGACAGCAGCAGGAUGCAGGCGGUGAGCGAGGCCGUGGAGCGGGUGCUGGUGGCAGCGCAGCAUCAGGACCGGCUCACAGUGGGUGUCUACGAGUCGGCCAAGCUCAUGAAUGUGGACCCUGACAGCGUGGUGCUGUGCGUGCUGGCCACUGACGAGGAGGACGAAGGUGACAUCGCCCUGCAAAUCCAUUUCACCCUCAUCCAGGCCUUCUGCUGCGACAACGACAUCCACAUCCUGCGCGUCCUGGGCAUGCAGCGCCUGGCCGCCAUCCUGGGGGAGCCUGAGCCGGGCUCCGAGCCCCGUGAUCUCCACUGCCUCUUAGUCACGAACCCGCACACGGACGCGUGGAAGAGCCAAGGGUUGGCGGAGGUGGCCAAAUACUGCACCGAGAGCCGCGACAGGAACCAGUGGGUGCCGUUUGUGUGCCUGCAGGAGCGCUGAGCCGGCCCCGGCCCAUGCCCGGCUCUGUACCUGAAAAAGGAGGGGGGAAAACAGUAAAACGGCAGGAAAAGGAAAGGCGGA